AUGAGAUUUCUUAGGCGAUUCGCGGCUGCACGGCCUUCAUCGACAGUUCGGGGGAUAUCUACGUCCUGUCCGAGGCUCUCGGACGUGUCGUUCGUGCAUCGGGACACCGAGUACAACAACCCGAAGAUUCCCUUCGAAUUCACCUCUGAGAAUCUGAGAACGGCCGAAGAAAUCAUCUCCCGAUAUCCUCAGCAGUACAAGAAGGCCGCUCAGAACAAGGGUUGGACCAGUAUUAGUGUAAUGAAUUAUGUGGCCAAGUUUCUGGAGAUGCCGCCUAUGCGGGUGUACGAAUCUGCACCACCACACCAUGUAUGCUGCGCGGAUCGACCGACAUCCUUCGCUACCGUCUGCGACCACUUGGGCGGCAUUAAACCUGGCGGAACAUCCAAGGACGGGAAGUUCACCGUGAUCGAGGUCGAGUGUCAGGGUGCUUGUAGCAAUGCGCCAAUGAUGGUCGUCAACGAUGAUUUCUAUGAGGAUCUGACACCGGAAACGACCAAGAAAGUUCUAGACGCAUUUGCAAAAGGCGAAAAGCCCAGGCGAGGUCCCCAGAGCGGGCGACAGACGAGCGAAAACUCUGCAGGGCUUACUGCCUUAACAUCAAAGCCGUACGGUCCGGGGGAAUUUUGCCUACCAGAGUUUCAGUAG